UCGCAUCGCAUCGCAUCGCAUCGCUCAGCCCCUUCCUCUUCCUCGCAUUCCCAAGAAGCCACUUGUUUGGAAUACGAAAGCCGAGCAGCGCAUCGCUCCUGUGCUGUGCUCUGCUCUGCUGCGGACGGAUUCAAGAACUCGCUAAGAUACCCCCGAGACCCCGUCGGCCUCUGAGCAUUGGCGCUUCCGCAGGGCCACGCGUCCCUUGCUCGAGCCUGACAAGUCUGCAUCAGGCACCCAAAUCCCUCAUCCCUCAUCUCCCCCAUCCCUCAUCUCCCCCUCCCCCUCUACUGCCUCAAUCGCCUUACUCAGUUUCUCGCUUCCCAAACAUCUACACUGCACUGCACUGCACUGCACUGCACUGCACUAUCCUUAACACUUCAACUCAACUCCACGCCAUCGAAGAAACAAUCCUCCAAAACUUACCGACUCGUCUCGGUAUCUCCAUCUACAUCUACUACCAACACAGGCAGCAAUGUCAACUCAAUCACAACAGUCGACUUCGAUGUCGCAUAGCAAUUCCCAGGUUUCUUGCCACGACCCCUUGGACUCGCUGGUGGACUUCUCCGAGUACGACAAAUUGUCCUAUCAAUCACCAUCCAUCUCGCCAUCAGCGAACAAGAGUCAAUUCACAUCCAGAGCCGUAUCAAACACACCUGCCACCCUCCCAUCAAGCAGUCAACCGGAUCUCAGCGGUCCAAGUCAUAACUAUGGCAUGUACAAACAACAAACCGGUAUCCCUCAAGGAGCCGUAGCCAGCACCUUGGCUGUCAACCAAAUGAACCAAUACAACGGCUUUGCAGAUGGAUAUCUAUCGGGCUACAACGGAACCGAUGAAUUCGACUUUGGGACUGCACCAAACCAGACCGGGUUCGCAGAUAUGGAUAUGGACUUCGAUUCGCCGAAGCAGGAACCAGCAUUCUUCUAUCCAGAAGCAUCACCAGAGUUCAUCAACCCUCAAUCCACCAUCGCUACUCCAGCUGUUCUACCAACCCAGACAAGCAAUGUCGGUCGUCUCUGGCCUGGUAUGCAUCAACAACAAGCCGCUCUUGCCAAGGCUCAAGCCCAACAAAAGCAACAGCAACAAAUCAUCCAACAGCAACGACAAAACGCCAUGGUCGGACAACAAAAGCAACCUCAGCGUGCCCGAGGAUCAACUGUGACUGAUCCUAUUGUCGAGGAGAAGAUCUCUCAAUUACUCAACUCGAUGAGACACAGCAGUGUCGGUAGCGACGAGACCUCGAACAAUGGCAACAACAUGUCUCACGUUCAACGUGCACGAAAGGAUGAGGAGGAUAUGGAUGAGGAUGAGAGACUACUUGCAAGUGAGGAGGGAAAGAAGCUUAGCAGCAAGGAGCGAAGACAACUCCGAAACAAGGUCUCCGCACGCGCUUUCCGAUCAAGAAGGAAGGAAUACAUUGGCCAACUCGAAGGCGAAAUCGCUGCAAAGGUUAACGAGAACACGGAUCUCCGUGCCCAGAACAGAGCUUUGAUGGAGGAGAACACACGUCUUUCAGACCUUACCCGCAUGCUCCUCUCAUCACCAUCAUUCUCCGGCUUCCUCGACACUCUUGCAUCAAACCCAGCCGCUGCCCAAACCGCACAGGCUGUCCAGCAACAACCCCAGCAAGUCGAGCAACAACAACCUCAACAACGCGUGCGUAAAGACAUCAACCCAUAUGCAGCCCAACAACAACAAAUGCAGCAGCAACACAUCGGCAUGACUAUGAUUCCAGAACAGCCCUUGGACUUCUCCAUGCUUGAUCUGAAUGGCGCAUACUCUUACCAGCCACAAGUCUUCUCCGUCCUCAGCCUCCCCGAGACCAUCCUCGAUACCGAGACCCUUUCCGGCAAGAGCUCCUCCUUCUCACCAUCCACCAGCGAUGCGGAGAAGGUCGAGCUUCCAAAGAUCGAGCGCAUUCCCGUCUCCGAGCCAGAGAAGGUCGAGGUCAAUGUCGAUGUGGACGAGGAAUUUGAUGCCGACCCAGCAUUCGCUCUGUACUCUACCCCAGUCUCCGCCACCACCGCCUCAGAACCUAAGCAAGAAAUGGACCUCAGCUUCCUCGCCAACCUUUCCAUCAAGCCAUCGCAAUACGAACUCGUUACCAAGACCGAUGACGCCGCCUCAAAUGCAGCAUUCCGGCGCGCCGAGAGACUCGCGAGAGAUAUGGAUGCCUGUGUUGAGCGACUGACGUCCUUGACCAUGCAUCUGUAAUUUCUUCCGUCUCCUUGUAUUUGCUUUGCUUGCUGCGAUUUAGCGUGGGAUACUUCUAGUGCCGUCUCCAACGACGCAGCACAUUGGCGUUCUGUCAUCACCAUCAUCACACACUCUACUUGCCACUUGUGCUUGUAUUCUUUUUCAUUAGUUCUUGGUAUGGGAGGAUAGGGAUUGUAAGAAAGAGGAUUGAACGAUAUGAAAGUGUGUGUUUCUACUUCGGAUGGGAUUUGGGAAAUGGGAUAGGGAAUUGGAGCGAGCGUUACAGACGGGCAACAGAAGUUAACUAUCUUCGACGUCUUUUUUAUUAUCCAUCUUGGUUUCGUUUGCGCAUAUAUUAUAGAACUUCAAACUCUCUACUUUGAGAUGAUUUAAAAUCACAGAUCAAGAACUCUGAAAAUCAAAAAGGAUACG